UUAUUAUAAUAGAUAGAUUUCUUUAGCUUUUCCUUAUCAUAGGCUACAAGCUUUCGAAUAGAAGUGUGGGAUUUUAUAGAGGAAAUUUGUGUGAGAAUGGAAAAGAAAAGGCGAUCUUGGGCUUGUACUUUUGUUUUGCAAGUCUCUCUCUUGAUUGCCUUCUACCUUGCUCUCAACUUGGGUCAGCCCCAGAAGUCCAUUUUUCAAAACAGAAAUGGCACUAGCAGUAGCAGAAGACCUCUUGAUGUUUACUUUCUCAGUGUUAGAGGAGGAUAUAGACCCCUUAAACAGCAAAACCUUCUUCUCAAACAGAUGGAGAAAGUGGCAAGCUUUUACAGAGCUAGAUUUGUUGUGAACGUUAGUGAGCUGGGAGAAGGUGAUCCACUCACACAGAAUGCAAGCAGGCUCUUCCCACCACAGAAAGUUCCCUGUGCUUGUAGGUACUCUACUAAAGUCUCAAAUGAUGGGAAAGUUGGAUGCUUCCUGGAGCAUGUCAACAUUACUAGUGGAAAAAUGCUAACAGUUGUUGGUUUGGACACUGGGUCGUUUCAGGAUUCGAUGCCCAUGGGAUCAACGAGUGACUUUAAGAAUAGGCAGUUAAAUUGGCUGACACAAUCACUAGAAGCAACCACUGACAACUGGAUCAUAGUUUCUGGAUUUCACCCUGUGGUUAUUUGUGACAAGGAGCAACUGGAAGCAAAGCAAAUUAAUGGCCCUCUGCAUAAUAUCUUCAUGAAACAUGGAGUGAAUGUGUACAUGAGCAGCCAGGGUUGCACUAGUCGCACCGUUCAAGGUGGAGUGGCGCACAUAGGCAUUGCGGACCCAACUGGUAGUGAACCUUUGGUUAAUUUAAAUGGAAGAUUGGCUAUUCAAAAAGAGGUGAUUAAUGAUGGGUUUCUUCUCCAUAGAGUUAGCUCCCUCGAGAUUACAACCUAUUUUGUGAGCUCAGCAGGGGAGAUCGUGAACGAAGCUGUAAUCACACAGCACGGUAAGGAGGUCGUGUAAAUUAAAAAUUUUGAGGACCAAGCUUCGUCCAUUGUUGAAGUCUGGUGCAUUUGCUUCGUCAACCAUUCCUUUUGCCAGAACUGGGUUUUUUGGGUAUAAACUUCAUUGUGUUUAAACUAGCCUCCAACAUUUUGGCCAUCUUGGAUAGGUGAUUGUUCGCCUCUUGCUCCCUCCAAACUUGCAAUUCAUUGAAGCGGAAAAGAUAGAAUACAUUGAUGUUUUUGAAAAUGUGUUAUUUAUUAAUUAAUUUUUAAAGUGUUUUUUUUAAUAUAUUAAAAUAAUAUUUUUUUUAUUUUUUAAAAUUGUUUUUGAUAUUAGUGUAUUAAAAUGAUUUUAAAAUAUUUAAAAAAAAUAUUUAAAAUUAAAAAAAAUAUCUUUUUUUUUUAAAAACAUUUUUAAAAUAAAAAAACAAACGAGUUCUAUAGGUUGUCGGGAUUUAAACGGUAGAACUCUAAUUUCUAAGAAAAAAAAUGAAAUCAAUAAUAUUUUAUAUUUUCUCCAUUGGCUUCCAAGUCACAGAACAAGGGCAUUUAUGAAUGAAUCAAUCCCAUAUUUGUAAAUGACCAAGACACCCUCCAGAGUAGAUCUCCAGUCACCCAAUAUCACCCCCAGAAUCAAGGCCAAAACGGGAAGAUUUGCAAAACCAGGCCACUAUAAAACCCUAGCAAAUCCUGCCGGUUAGGUUUUGACACUCCCUGGAAAAGAAAGAAAGAAUGAGGCUCUCUUUUCUUCCUGCCCCUUGCUUGCAUUAUAGAGCCGAUGAUUUCUUACCGUUUAGAGAAAAUCAACCGUGCUUCAUUUCUUUUUCUUUAUUUAUUUCUUUUUUUUUCCAUUCAUUUCUUCUCUGCUCUUUUUCUCUCAAUAAAAUGAGGCGAUGAUGAUAUAUAUAUAUAAAAAAAAUCUUUCUUUUCCGGGAAUGUCUAAUCAGGCAAAUGGGGAAGGUGGGUGCCCGUUUAUCUUGGCGGGGUGACCCGGAUGGUAUGUGAAAUUGACCUUUUAUGGGUUCUUUUUUUAACGGGCAACCGGUUGUUGCAGCCAUGGUGGUGUCUCACUUCUCAAUGUCUGAUUAUCAUAUGCUGAUCUGAGCCUCACUUUUCUCUCUAUCUGUCUUUUACUGCGUCCCUUCUUUGUGUUUUUUUUUUACCAAUUACAAUGUUUGGAUGCAGCUGGGUUAAGGAGGAAAACAAGAAUUGGGAAAAAGAUUACGACAUUAGGAUAAAUACAUUGCUUUGUUUGACACUGGAACAUUAGGGUUUAAAGGAGGGCUGGAGGAGUCUGCUUUACUGUACUAUUUGGCAGUCCUGAGAUGGGAAAUUGAGUUUUGGGAUUAAUUAGCUUUGGCUUGGUUGCUUAGUGAUAAAUUUUCAUACCUUCCUCAGUAGAAUUUCAUCUUUUCAAUUCAUUAGUCAAGUUAAUUGGAAAUGAAUUCGAUGUUGUUUGGUAAUGGAGUUUUUUAAAAAGUCGUUUUUUUUAUAUAAUUAUUUUAUUAAUCUGAUGUAAUGAUAUUCAAAAUAUUUUAAUAUAUUUCUAGAAAAAAAAGAUUCGAAAUUUACAAAUCUGAAGAGUAAAUUCUUUUUGUGGCAUUAACUGGAUGUGGAGUUAGAGCAUUAGAGCUUAGCGUUAAUGGAUCUGUAUUUUUGGAAAAUUAAUUAUAGGUUAGUUCCUAAUCCAAUUUCUAAGAGCAUAAAUUUAAAAAAACUUUAUUAAUGGUGAUUUUUUUAACGUUAAUGCUAUUCCAGUUAAAAUAUUAUUUGUUAAAAAAUUAAUUUAAAAAAUAUUAUUUUAAUAUAUUUAUAUAAAAAGAACAUUUUAAAAAUUGACAAUAUUAAUAUUAGUAGUUUAGACAAAUUCUGUUUGUUUUUGUGUUUUAAAAAUAUUUUAAAUUAAUAUAUUUUUAGUAGUUUUAGAUUAUUUUGAUAAGUUAAUAUUAAAAAUAAAUAUUUUUUAAAAAAAUAUAUUUAUAAGUAAAAAGAAUUUUAAACUGAAUUUAGGUUUUUUUAAUUUUGACAAGUUUUUUCUCUUUUUUUGCAGCAAGGACUGAUGGGAAAAAUUUUAAAUUAAUAAAAUUCCUGAAUUUAAAGAUUAACAUUAUAUUUUUUUACUUGAAAACCUAAAAUAUAUAAAAUCUCUUUUUUAUUGAUUAGCGUUGAUGUUUUUAAAAUAAUUGACAAAUUUUGCUAAGAUUUUUGUAAAAAUCGAUGAAAGUUUUUAUUUUAAAAACUAGCAUUAUUAAAUUUAAAAUUUUAUAUUUUUAUAUUAUUUUAAUAUAGUGAUAUUAAAAAAAUAUUUUUUAAAAAAAUAUUAAUGUGCUAUGUUUUUUAGUUAAAAAUAUUUUAAAAAACAUUUGUAACUGUGAGGGAAGGUAUUUCAAAUAUUUAGUUUUACUCAUUAUAAUAUAUUUUUGUAAUUAUAAUUGUAAUGCCCAGCAUCUAUCUACAAAGGGGCAAACUGAUCAUUAACUAGAAUCCAAACAAUCCCUUAGUCAAUUCUCGAGCACCAAACACCUUGAAUUCCGGGCAUCUACAAUGCUAGAAACUGGGCUUAAGCCCAUAUGUUGUUUUAAUUCGUCUGGGCCUUUUCGCAAGAAGCUGGAAAGAAUACAGGAGGGUAAACAUGGAAGAAAACCUAAACAAUGGCAACAUCAAAGGCUUGGCAAGGCUGAAGUUUUUAACUCUCAUCAUUAGUUUAAGUAUGAGGCUGUGCUCUCGGAGAGAAGGGCGGUUGCCCCCUCUCUUUGAUUGUUUAGCGUAGCCGAUGAUUACUUCUAUACAUAAUCAACAGCCCUUCAUACACACAUUCAUACAUAUACAUGAACACACACUUCUGUCUCUGUCUCUCUCUCUCUACCUGCCUCUCUCUCUCUGAAACUGUGUGCAAAGGGGCGGUGAUGAUAUCUUCGCUGUGCAGAAAUCAGGCAGGAAGAGGACACCCUUCCGUUGGCAUGGUGAUUCUGAAUGGUUGCUGUGAAAUCUGAGGGAUAUUCCUGUCAUUUUGCAGCUCAUUCAUUGUUGCAGCCAAGAAGGGGUUUUCUUUUCUUGUCUGGUUGAGAAACACUUCUGAUCUGAGCCUCGU